AGAAACCAGCACCAGCAUCUCCGAGUCCAUCAGAGUUCAACACCAACCAGGAUGCAGCUGAAGAAACCUCCAAUGUAGAAGGCCUGAAUCAACAUGAGACGGCUGCAACUCCCGAUGCACUGAUGGAUACAAGCGAAGAACAAACUGAUACAGUCGAGGCUCUUAACGCUAACACUAGCUCUGAUAGGACGAUUGCUCCCGAACCGACCAACACUUCUUCUUCAGAACAGAGCUUUGACAUUUCAGGUUUACUUUCCUUCGACCCGGCAUCAAUGGGUCUGAUUGUCCCUGGAGCAGAAGCAUUACCUCUGCAGCAAUCGGCUAACUUGUCACAUCAGCUUCGACUCAUCAGGGAUUUUCUAUCUGCUCCAAUCACUGCUCUGAUUGAUGAUUCCAGCAACAUAAAGAACAUCUUUGAGCAAAUAGAACCCCAACUCCCGGAGCCAUUUGUUGGCGUUUACAACAUCGAUUUCCAUGUGUUUUUUACUCUUUCCCACGUGCUCCUGACACAACAUAAUACCCCAUAUUCAAAGUAUUGGUAUGUACCUUACUUCAUCCACAUUGGUAGUGCUUUGCUUGGAGAGGAUCCUUAUGAAGUUGGAUGCAGCAUCUAG